GGGAAAGCGCGCGCGCGCCCGUGCGGUGUGUGUGUGUGAGUGUAUGACAGUGUGUGUCAGGUGACUUGGGUCACGCAGUCUCUCUCUCCCUCCUCUGGGGAGGAACUGCCGCGCUCUGGCUGACUCCUCCGCCGGCGGGCGGGCGGGCGGGGCAGGGGGGCUCCGGGCGCGCUGGGAACGGCGGGACCCAGACCUGGACGCCGACCGCCGCGGGGGACGCGCGGCCUCCGCCUCUGCCCGCGAACCUCGGGACAAAACCCCAAUUCAGAAAUAGGUUGCGAGCGGCAGGCCGGGAGGUUUGGCGCCCCCCACCAGAGACCCCCGUCGUCCCCGGGACGGCCGGCCGUGGGCGCGAUGAGCCAGGUGCUGGGGAAGCCUCAGCCGGAGGAGGAGGAGGACGACGAGGAGGAGGAGGAGGAGCUGGUGGGGCUAGCGGGCUACGGGGACGGGCCCGACUCCUCGGACGCCGAGCCGGACAGCGGGACGGAGGAGGGAGUUCUGGACUUUAGCGACCCCUUCAGCACGGAGGUGAAGCCGAGGAUCCUGCUCAUGGGCCUGAGAAGAAGUGGCAAGUCAUCCAUCCAGAAAGUUGUCUUUCAUAAAAUGUCUCCCAACGAAACCCUGUUCUUGGAAAGUACGAACAAGAUCUGCCGGGAAGACGUUUCCAACAGCUCCUUUGUUAAUUUUCAGAUUUGGGACUUCCCAGGGCAGAUUGACUUUUUUGACCCUACCUUUGACUAUGAGAUGAUCUUCCGGGGGACAGGAGCACUGAUAUUUGUCAUAGACUCCCAGGACGAUUACAUGGAGGCCCUGGCCAGGCUCCACCUCACGGUGACCAGGGCCUACAAAGUGAACACCGACAUCAACUUCGAGGUGUUUAUUCACAAAGUGGAUGGUCUGUCAGAUGACCACAAAAUUGAAACCCAGAGAGAUAUUCACCAGAGGGCAAAUGAUGACCUUGCAGAUGCUGGAUUAGAAAAAAUUCACCUCAGCUUUUAUCUGACAAGCAUAUAUGAUCAUUCAAUAUUUGAAGCUUUUAGCAAAGUGGUUCAGAAACUGAUUCCACAACUCCCCACCCUGGAGAAUUUGCUAAACAUCUUUAUCUCAAAUUCUGGAAUUGAAAAGGCGUUUCUCUUUGAUGUGGUCAGUAAGAUUUACAUUGCAACUGAUAGUACCCCCGUGGAUAUGCAAACCUAUGAGCUCUGCUGUGACAUGAUCGAUGUGGUUAUUGACAUUUCUUGUAUUUAUGGUCUCAAAGAAGAUGGAGCAGGAACCCCUUAUGACAAGGAAUCAACAGCCAUUAUAAAACUGAAUAAUACAACAGUUCUUUAUUUAAAAGAGGUGACCAAGUUCCUGGCUCUCGUUUGCUUUGUCAGAGAGGAAAGCUUUGAAAGAAAAGGGCUGAUUGACUAUAAUUUUCAUUGCUUCCGGAAGGCCAUCCAUGAAGUUUUUGAGGUGAGAAUGAAAGUGGUGAAAUCACGAAAGGUUCAGAAUAGGCUGCAGAAGAAAAAAGGAGCCACCCCAAACGGGACGCCUAGGGUGCUGCUGUAGGUGAGGUUUCAGGAAUAUCUUUUGAAAUCAGACCUUUCAAUGAGGCUGCUGCUCUGUGUUGCACUAAAGGAAGAGGAAGAAGGAGAUUGGGACACAUGACAUAUAUUUGUUGUAAAAAAAAAAAAUUCCUGCCACUCUCUUGAUCUUCUCUUUUUUUAAAUAAAGUAAGCACUUUGAAGCAAAAACGUAUAUUAACAAUGAAGUGAAAUCUACUGUAACUUCAUUACACAAAUGUAAACUUUUAUGGUCUGUAGUCAGAAAAAAUCCUGUGUGAGAACUGCCAGGAACUGUACAUAUUUUGCACUUUUUCAUGUUUUUUUUUUUCCCUCAUUGAAUUCAACUUUGAUAAAACAACUUUUCUAGGCUCUUUUCUGUCCUUGGUAUCUAGGACAUGCAUACCGAGUCCAUAUCUAUAGGGCAGUCAGAAAGUAAUCAAAAAGUGAUGCAUUGGCAAUGACUUUUUAUAAAUUUGGGAAUCUUUGCUACCAAUUGUUGAGAAAAAACAUUUUUCAGUGGAGGAACAGAUUGGGGCAGCAAGCUCCAGGAGCAAUAAGAACUGUCCCCUGUUUAUAACUGACAUAAAUAGAAGUUUUAUAGAAUAAUAUUAGCACCAAACUUAUCUAAAAAUUUCUAUAGCCGUGACAGUGCUUCCCUAGUCGACCCUUUUUACAAAACUCUUUACCUCAACACACAUCUCUAUAAUCAUUUUAUACAGAGAGGUUAUUUCUUUUUGCUGCAUUACUGUUCUUUAGAACCUUUGGGACCAGGUUCCAAAAUGGUGCCGAUCAAUGGAGAGAAAUCAGAAUGUCGCUAAAUUGCAGGGUUUCUGGAGGCUUUUCUGUACCUGCCACUCAGGCUAAAGUAAUAACAUCAGAGGCCACAUGGUUUCCCAAAUGUAGGUGAUUGGCAACUGCAGAUUUUAAAAUACGUCCUAUACAAUGUUUGGCCCCUGUGGAAUGAGCCUCUUACCGUGCAACAUUGCAAAUGUUUAUUUAGGACCAUUUUGUUGUUGUUGUUGUUGUUUUGGGGGGUUUUUUGCAUUGCUCCACGACCACAGGCAAUAUCUCAGUUCUCUGCCACAGAGCUGAAUCCUGAUGGGCACAUUUGUCACCUCUGAAUCUCCCUCUCACCUGUGACAGUGUGCCUUGUGGACUCUGCCUGUUCCCACCUUAUGAUUGAACUAGAGCUCGGCUCUCCAGCAGCGUGUUCUGCAUGGCUAAAUAGCCAUCCUGAAAACCUCUACAGGUCAGUGGAAAAGGAUGGCCAGAGGAGGCAUUACAGUUAGCUUUGUGUCUGUUUCUAUGAAAUUCUUCCACUUACGUUUACUUUAGGCCAACAGCAAGUUAAUAGAUUCUAAAUCUAUCCCCAUCCCAAACCAUUCCAAGUAGGUUAUUCUAGAUCCAUCCCAAGGGUCAGUGCCCUAAGUAAAGCAUGUUGGCAGGUAUUAGAAAAUGUACAUAUAUAUAUGUUUUUAGCAGAGCCUCAUAGGGAUAACAAUGCUGAUCCUAGCAAAACUGGAUCAGGUUCCUAAAGCAACUUGUUCUUGAAGCUAUCCCACUACUAUCUGCAGCUUCUUUCCAUCCUCUCCCCUUCCAUCCUUUUCCUAAGUCCUAUUCCUUUGAGGCUGGUAACUGUAAUUUAAGAUAGCAGCUGAUUGGGAUUUAAGGUUUGAGCCCUCCCAAGGGUCUGUGCAUUUUGGAAGGAAAUUUCUAAAAAUCAUGAAGGUGCCCUAACUCCCUUCCUCAUGAUUCCUACUCAGAAACACAGGUGGGUAGGAAGCCAGGGUUCCAGGGAAGUCUUUUUCCUAAUUUCCAGACCUAUAACCUGUUAGACCUUUGCCAACAUGGUACAUGGAAGUUAUUCUUAUAAAUCUAUUCUUUAAUAUUUUUUACACAAUGUUUCUUUUUGGAUAAGCAAAUAAAGAAUCACUUUUCUAAAGUGACUUUAUCCUCAAGAUAGAGACAUUUACCUAUCUGGUAAAUCACACAUUACUUAGGUAUAUAUGUUAUUAUAACCAGGUAGAGCUUCCAUUUUUAAGCUGGGUAUAUGAUGGGUUUUUGUUAAAAUGUGCCUUAAAAGCCUAUUACUUCAAGAGCAAAUGAUUCUUUGGGGGAAAGGCAAAGUUAAUGCUAUGACAUCAGACCCAAGUUCAUGGUAGUAAGUGCACUCUUUGAUUAAUGACACACUGAUAUAUAGACUACUGCCUCAAAGCCGUAAGCAUGGCAAUGACCUCUUAGUUAAAGAGAAAUGUAGGAGUUACAUCUAAGCAUUCAGUUUCUGAAGACAGUGCUAUUGGAAUUACAAAAUCUCUUCAAUUCCUUUUUCAUUUUAUAUUUGAUAUGGGACUUAGCUUACUUGUGUGUGGCCACCUUAGGUCUCAAAUGUAAUGCUAUAAAUAUGUAUAAAUAUACAAAAUAAUGUAUAAAUACAAAGCCCAAAUACAUGGCUACACCGACUGCUCUGGAACAUUUUUGCUCAUUUUCAAAGGUUGAGAACUUGACCUACAGGUUUCCAGGGCAAUUAGAACUUCUAUGUGGGGAUGAGACGCUUCUUGUGAAAUACCAUCUUUGGUUAUUUUCAGUGAUGUAGAUUAGUGUGUAUGGCCAGGGUAGUGUGUUUCUGAAGGAAUAUAAAUCAAAAACUGGUUGACAUUCACAGACAGUAAUAUUUUGUGAACAUGAUAUAUUUGGGGCCCUUAAAUGUAAAAAUGCCUAAAAACACAGCAAUAUUGUGAUAUAUGGGUUAUAUGAAACAUACUCGAGAAAAACAGCUGAAUUGUCUUGAUUAUUAAAGUAUGGUAUGCAUUCAACUUAUGCGGACUGGAUGUAAUUUGUAAUCAAGUAUAGUAUUUAGUAUUACGUUUUACUUUAAGCAGUACAUCAUUUAUAAUCAUUGUUAAAGCAUUCCUUUCAAGAACGUAAGCUGCCCAUUUAAAAGCGUGUGUCAUACGCUCAUGAUUUGGCAACACUCUAUUUUAUUUCAGGUAUAUUUGUAACUAAUCUUUUUGGGAGUGGAAUGGUCUCUUUGGUGAAAAAAAAGCGUGGUCUUUCAUGGUUGUGAGGUUAUUUACUGUAUACAUGCGUAUCACUGCUGGGUUCCUUUAGAUAAAUGUGUUUGUCCUAAUUAACCAGCUGUCGCUUUAUGAAAAUGAGGAUAAAUUGAUCUAUUUAAGUUGGAUUUACAUUUUUAUUUAUUUUUUUAAACACUCGUAUCUCUCCAUAUUUUUGAUGGCGACAUGCCUGUUUUGGCUGUAGAACUUAUUUCAGUAAACUUCAGAUAUUCUUGCUGCUCUGGCCCUAAUCCCUAGCCAUCUGAAAAUUAUUUUCCUAACAGUCCACUUUUUGAUUCUUACUUGCUUAGUAAGAUUCUACCGUAUAAUGACUUUUACAGAUCCCCUCAGAGUUCUCAGAGAG